CAAUUUCUAAAAUACUACUCCUCUAGAAGAGGAUCUGAAACUGAUGAGCCCAAAUCUCGAUGUGACAACAUCCACCUCUACGGCAGACGCAUGCGUCAUUUGCCUCGAUAACGUAUCUGAAAGGGCAGAAUCGGUACCGUGUGGGCACUGCUCAUUUGACUUCAUAUGUCUUGUGAGUUGGUUACAGGAACAGGCUCUAUGUCCUCUUUGCAAAGCGCCUACUCGCGCAGUCCGAUAUGACCAUUCCCCCACCGACCCUUCAACUUAUAAGACGUUCGUGGUACGACCUCCCAAUGCUCGCCCCCCAAAUAUCCAAGGACAGUCUGCCUCUUCGAGCCGGCACCGGAACUUCCGCAUCAUAACUCGCCCGUCGAGACGACCAAAUCGCGCCGUCCGUCCAUGGGGGUCAAGGGCAACACCUCCCCCACCUGAUACUGCCCUUUUGCGUCGAAGAGAGGUCUACAGGCAUGGCCUUUACUCGCUUCAUGUCGGGAGUAACCGCCUUUCUCGGUACCGGACCAUCACGCCGGCCAUAUUCUCACACGAUGCAGAUCUGCAGCGACGAGCGAGGGCGUGGAUUCGACGUGAGUUGCGAGUCUGGUCCUGGCUGGACCCGGACGCGAGCGGCGACUCUACCCAUUCCGGGCCACAGAGUAGCGCAGCUCCGCCAACUCGGAGGGCAGCCAAUGCAGAAUUCCUUUUGGAAUACAUCAUUUCCAUACUGAGAACGGUGGAUAUCAAAGGCGCAUCGGGAACUGCUGAGGAGCUAUUGUCAGAGUUCUUAGGCACAGACGAUUCACGCCUGUUCUUGCACGAACUUAGCAGCUGGCUGCGAAGCCCGUUUACGAAGGUUGAAGACUGGGACCGCGCUGCUCGAUAUCCCGAGGUUGGUUGGGGCGUUCAGCAGGAAAUAACGGAUGACUGAAAUUGCAACUUUUGCACCCUAGGGACUGAGAAGUUCGGAAAAGCCUAUGCGGUUGUUAGGAAAAAGAGUGUCAUGUUUCAUGGGAUACAGUGGUGGAUGCACGGCGGCUAUUAACGUUGAAAAUGAAAGUUGUUGACUUGAGAAGAAAAGAUUUUAUUCGAAAUGAACUACUUGAAAAGAACCAAUCUAGAAGGAAUCGAUCUGAACGGAAAGGGAUUAGAAAGGAAAUGGAACUUACUUGAAGAGCCUGUUGAAAGUCUGGUAGAUUCCGUCGAGCUCCAAUUCUGUGGCAUCCCAACUAUCUU